AUGGCAGAAGCCGCCGACGAGCUACGUGAGAUUGCUGGCAUAAAGCCGACCGUGUGGCUGGAGGAUGGGGAGGAGCGUGAAGUCAGCUCGCAGUCGAGUAAUUCGGUGUACAAAGUCAAGCGUACAUGGGACCACUACUACUGCACUUGCCCAGCCUGGCGCAACCAGGGCGGGUGCCCAGUCAAUGCGCGCACAUGCAAGCACCUCAAGUCUCUCCUCGGCGAGAAAUACGAGGUCGCACGGGUCAAGAUGAAGAACCCAGACGGCCCGGCGCCGAAGGCAGGUAAAGGCAAGCCGACAUCGAAAGCCAAAGCGGUGAAACCUGCGUCAAAAGCGAAAGCAAAGCCGGCGAGUAAGGCGAAGGCUACCGGAAAGAGGAAAAAACGCGACGAGGACGAAGAUGAUGAAGGGGAUGAAGAUGCCAUGGACCAAGAUGAAGACGAAGACGAAGAUACGAAACCACCGCCCGCCAAACGCUCUCGCAGGGCCGCUGCUGAACCGAAGGCGAAAGGUAAAGCCGCCGCGAAGACGAAAGCAAAACCCAAGAGCAAAGGAAAGGCCAAGCAGGAAGAGGACGAAGAGGACGAAGAGGAAGGCGAUGGCGAUGAAGAGGAAGACGCUGAAGACGCAGACGACGCCCCUGCUGCGUCAGGCAAGUCCCAGCCUCCUCUUCUCCUCGCCAACAAGUGGGACAUCGAGAAGGGCCCGGACCCCACUGGCUGGUGGAUCUCGGAGAAGCUCGACGGCGUCAGGACUUUCUAUGACGGGACACAAUUCAUAAGUCGUCUCGGAAAUGCCUUCACGCCCCCUAACUGGUUCUUGGAUAAGCUGCCUACGGACGUCACCCUCGACGGCGAGCUUUACGGCGGGCGGGGCGAGUUCCAGUCAACCGUCUCUAUCGUCAAGACCGUCAACUCGGUCCACUGGAAGAACAUCUCCUUCCAGAUCUUCGACGUACCCUCUCGCGGCGAAGAGACCUUCGAAGAACGCUACGACUUCCUCCAAAAGACGUUCGGCCAGGACGGUACUCAUACGACAGACCAGAUUUCCGUCGUCUACCACGAAGUCGCGAAAAGCCGCCAGCAUGUCCUGGAAAAGCUCAAGGAGAUUGAGAGCAUCGGUGGCGAGGGCUUGAUGUUGAGGAAACCUCAAUCCAAAUACGAAGGCAGACGCUCCGGAAGUCUGCUCAAAUUGAAGACCUUCUAUGACGCAGAGGCCAUCGUCACUGGAUAUGCCCCAGGUAAAGGCCGCAACAAAGGUAUUACCGGCGCCUUGAGCUGCAAGAUGGAGUCAGGAAAGCUAUUCAACGUGGGCUCUGGCCUUACCGACAAACUCCGCAAGGACCCACCUAAAAUUGGGACGAUUAUCACGUACCGCUUCCAGGAGCUGACGAGGGAUGGAGUACCCCGCUUCCCGUCUUUCGUCGGUGUUGCGAUUGAUAAAGACGCCCCAAAGGACGCCGAGAUACCCGAACACCGCAAGGUGGAGAAGGCGGAUGCAUAA